AGAAAAUUAGUUAAAUAUAUACACACAUACAAAUGUACAUAUGAAUUUGAAAAUGACCUAAUUUAUGCUCCACUUAUGUAACAAAGAAAAAACUAUAUAAAAAAUGUCCCAUAGAACUUAAUUACAUAAUUGUUCCAAAACAUCUAAACUGGCCUCGCCCAAUUAACUUAGUGCUCAAAAACUUAAUCCCUCUCUUCGCUUAUCGGAACUUUUAUUCUCCACAAAGCAACAAAUACAUAACUGCAAGUGGCUUACCGGAACCACCACAACUAAAACAACAAAAUACUUUCAAUUUGAAAAUAGGUUUACACUUUCCGCCAUCAGUCAAUGCUUCGUACCUAUGCCCGAGUGCUGUUACAUUUAUUGGCGUGCAAUUGUCCACCUUACACACAUGCAAAUGUACGUGUGUGCAAAGCCAUCGGAAGUGCUAACCGUUAGACAACACGAAGAAUUGUCACUACUCGAUGAGACAACAUGCAAAACGGCAAACUGAGCGUCAUCAGCAACAGUUUCAUAUCAACAACAACAAAUCGGACUUUAAAGCAACAACAAUAAAGUACAAAAUUGUCAACUAGAGUGACACAAAAGCAGCAACAAACAACCACAGGCGCAACAAAAACAAAAAAACAUAAAGUGAAACAAUAAAGAAAAGAAAAAAUAGCACAAACAACAAAAACGAUAAAAUUGCUGGCAUUAACAAAACGACAAGAAAAGCUGCAAUAAAAAAUAACUGUAAAGUGCAACAUCUCUGUGCUGUGCACAGUAAACAACAUCCGUUGGUGCGCCGACGGCUGAAGGAGGAAGUGUCCCAGUGCGCGCCUGCGCGCUCACACGCUUUACAACAACAGCGCCGAGCAGCGCAAUAAAGGAUGCCAUCAAGUAGCAGCACAACAACAACAACAAUAACGCACUACAGCGAUUUGCAAGCGACAGCCAUUUAAAAUAACGGUUGCACACAAGCUGCCCACAAGUGCACAAAUAAAGAAGAAGAAGCAGAAGAGGCAGAAACAAAAUAAAGCAGAAAAAGAAAAGAAACGAGACUCUGCUGAUCAUUUGAAUUGUGAUUUGUGAUUUCUUCCUGCCUGACCAACUAGUUGUGGAGCAGCCUUACAGCCAACCAACCAACAACGAACCAACAACCUAUCUGUUGUCUGCCCGUUUCUAUGUGCAAGCGUGUUUAUCUGACGCGCGACCGGGCAGCGGAUAUCCGUUCCGUUUGCAAUUAUAUUGGGUGUCCGUUGUGCAAUUAAUUGCAAGCAGUCUCGUUUUAGAUGCGGGAAACUUAUGCGACCUGGUGUACGAGCUUAAACGGUCCCUACAUACAGCCACACACGCAUACACAAACACAAACAUGCACUUUCGGCUUUCGUACGCUCGCUGAAACCGCGUGAUUCCGUUGCUCAUUUGCAAUUUACUCGGCAGAUACGGCACUCGAGUGCAUUUCCAAUUGGUGCUGACCAAUACAACGAAUACAGUUACAGUUGGUUGGCCGAUGUAGCCGAAAGUCCAUGCUGCUCAAAUUCACAACAAUAACAGUAACAGUAACAACAAGAGCACUACAAAACCAGCAUCACCGUUAAAGCGCCAAAGCCAUUCCCAGAUUUGAUUAGUUCCAACAAUAUCUAUGCGCCACACAAUUCGACGCUCAACAGUUAGUGUCAUGACUUUGAGUAGCGUCCGCAAGCACAAAAGUUUUACCCGUAAGCUAGCAACAAAUUCACUACACAACGAAAUUCGCCAGUGAUGAGAGAGAAGGACCACUCACCAAGAAAAAUGCUGCCCAGCCCUAAGCAAGGGUGCGUUUAUCCAUUGUUAGGCCUUGUGCCCACCACUACAUAUGCAUCACAAGUACCUUAUGAUCUGUCGGUGACGGCUGCGCGCACCUCAUCAGCGGCCACAAGCACGUCACCACUCUCGCUCACAAUAUCCGCCUUAAGUCAAAGCCACAAAGAAGCAAAAACACGCAAACGUUGCAGCAGUUACGAUCAGCCGCUCGACUUACGACUAGCGCACAAAAAGCACGACGGCUCAAGCGCAAGUGGCGCUUCCUCGCCGCUGGAAGACGAGAACAGCAAUCUUAUAUACAGUGGCACAAACUACAAUAACAAUACAAACUGUCACACCACAGCCAAAAGCGAUGCGUCGCCUAGUAGUCAUAGCAGCCACAGUACGCACACGCCGUCCCAAAGUGCGCGAACAUUCAAUUGUCGCGCACAACGCGAAGCAUCGCCGGCGGACAAUAGCUGUGAAAAAGAGCUCAAUAACAACAAUCUGCCGUCUUUGUGUCAUGAUGCGAUUGCCGCUAAUCUGGAUAGUUUGAGCGCCAAACAUAAGCAACGUUUGCGCACGCAAAAGUCCGAUUUGGGUGUGGCAUGCUUGCGCAUCACGGAGUCAUUGCAUUUGAACGCCGCCGCCGCAGCAGCGGCUGCUGAUCGAUUGCCAUUUGUCUCGUCUGCCUUGCAUCCAACAUUAUUGGAGGCGAUGGCUAAGGCCAUACCACUACCCUAUCGUAACCCAUUCGUGCUGCCUCGUCCACCUACCGCGAGUUCCUUUCCCUUUCUGCAACCACCUAUGCAAAAGGAUAUGCUUCCCAAUGCCUUACAGCUACAACAAACCACGGCCAAUGAUGCGCAACUGGAAUUUCACUAUGAUGGCGGAGGCAAUCGCAAUACUUUGCAGGAUGCGCUAACGCACCCACAUGUGGGCGCGAAUAUGAACACCACCGCAAAUAAGGCAUUGAGUUCUGGCGGUGGCAAUGGUGGUGGUGGCGGGACGCCGAAGCAUCUGCAGCAACACACCAGCCAGCAGCAGUUAAAUCAUCAUGCGCGUCAGCAGCAACUUAGUGCUACCAGUAGUGGUGGUCGGGCAACGCUAACUUCAGAUGGUGUGGUUGUGCACCACAACACCAAGAAGUCGACGUCCACGUCACGUGCUGGCUUGAACGCAAAUACGGCAAACAACCCCGCAACGACGCAGUACAAAAGCAAAGAUCGCUACACUUGUAAAUUCUGCGGCAAGGUCUUUCCGCGCUCCGCCAAUCUAACUCGCCACCUACGCACGCACACCGGUGAGCAGCCGUAUAAGUGCAAAUACUGUGAACGUUCCUUCAGCAUAUCCUCGAAUCUGCAGCGUCACGUGCGCAAUAUACACAACAAAGAGCGACCCUUCAAAUGCGAAAUCUGUGAACGUUGCUUUGGCCAGCAGACCAAUUUAGAUCGUCAUUUGAAGAAGCAUGAAAGCGAUGCCGUGUCAUUAGGUUUGGGCAUGAAUGAGCGAAUACGCGGCCUGCGUCGUGGUGGCUACUGCGAUAAUCCUACAGAAGAGUCCUACUUUGAAGAGAUACGUUCCUUUAUGGGCAAAGUGACACAGUUGCCACUCUCCAGCGCAGCUGCGACCGUAGGCCUGCCAACGUCACACGCAGCGACCGCCAGCAAUCAAGCAAUUGCGCCCAAGUCGCCAUCAACACGCAGCUCUACGUCAAGCAGUUCCGAUCGUGAAUCGUCAACUAGUGGAGGAGGUUUGCAAAUUGUACAGAACGAAUUCAAUUUAGAGCCGGAAGCGGAGGUCGAUGCCGUUGCCGAUUCACAGUUGGACGCGGAUAACGGAGUAGCGGAUAUGGCAAGAGAAACUAGCGCCGAGGCGGAUGUCGAUACGACACCAGUAAAAAAAUGUCAAGAUGAUGACGAAACAGCAGCCACAGAGUCAAUUAGAACAGCCACAAUAAAACAAACGACAAAAAGAAGCAUUUCCCAAAGCGCGCGGCAGUCAGGCGACAAGAGUGUAUACUUUUCACAGCCGGAAGUGUGUAUCAAGCGUGACAGCAGCAACAGUAGUGGCAGUCCGUUAUGCGCUACCUGACCUGGCUGCCAGCCGGUUCACCCACAAUGCCUGCGCCAAUACUUUUGUAGUGGAUUUUAUUGUAAAAAAAAGAAUAUAACUAUUUUUUGCGCAUUCCAAUGUACAGUUACAUAUGUAGAUAUAAACCUCCAGGGUGUUCAUGCAAUUAGGUGCAUAUGUAUGUGAACAAGAAAUGCGUGAACUCGUUUUAAUUUAUUCUAAAUUUUAUCUAAUUUGAUAGCAAACAAACAGCUGUUAAUAGAAAGGGAGAAUGAUUUUGGGCAUCAACACUAAAUUUAUAUCGCCGAAAUACUUGCAAAUCGAUUAUAAGAGAACCAAUGUUAAAUCAGCCUGCCGCUUUUCAUGAAAAAUUAAAUGUUUUUAGAGAGUAGCAAAUAUUGCAUAUUGUUAGGCGCACAAAUCUUCAAAUCCUUUUUCGUAUUUUCGCAGUAAAGAUUUGAUGAUAGAAAGUUGUAUAUUGCACUAGAGAUACCGUAAAGGCGAAAAUACAUAGAGCUAUGAACACAUACAUGCAAACAUACAUGCAUAUGAAUGCGUGCAUGCCUUUGUAUGAACACCACAUAAAUACUUGUAUGUAUUAAACUAAAUACUAUUUAGAACCACACAAAUCUUCUGUGUAAAUGUUCAUUAACUACCUACACAAAUAUAUAUAUUUUACUCAUACGUUUAUAUAUGUAUGUAUUAGUUGUAUAAGCACAUUUUGUAUAUGAAUUUUGUAUUUAAAGUAUGUGAAGCAGUUUAUACUUAUGCACAUAUGUACGUAUACUUACUCCUACAUUCACGUACAUACAUAUGUACAUGCACCAUAUGUAGGUAAACCAACUAUUUUAGGUUAUGUAGUUACUCGUUUCAUUGCGUAGAAUAUAAACGAACAUAUUUGGUGUAUCUAGCCCGUGCAAACACUCAGCCAACAACAACCUAUUUCUUAUUUGUUAAGCUAAAUGUAUAGGUUAAUGAACGUUGACAAAUGCUUACCAAUUUUUUUGUUAAAGUAGUUUUUCUUUUAUUUUUAUGUUAAGUACGUUUUAUUAGUCUGUUAAAAAGAAAUUUAUA